CUGUCUGUCCCAAUUGAAUCUCGCAGGAGUUUUAACUCAUAAUAAGGGAACGCAAAUAUUAAUUAAAAUAAGUUUAAAGCGAAUUUCGGAGCUGCGCACAUUUGUGCAAUUAGUUAACUGUAGAAAUCUGUCAGAUGUUGAAGCUCCGCGCGUUAAGCAGCCCUGGAAGUUUCAUGGCUCGUGAUAAAUGAGUUUGGUGUAGGUUUGCAUUUGGCACUGACUGCGGCUUGCGACUGUGCAGCCCUUUAGGUCGCAACUGGAGAGGGGUUAUAAAUAUCGAGCAGCCGUCGGUAGUGUGGUUGUUUGAUCCAAAGUCCCAACGAGUGUUUCUUUAAGUGCGUGUGUGGAGUUUUCCUGCGCCGUGUAAUAGGAGGGGUUGGAAAGUGACGCUGGCUGCGCCUUGGUGCUGAGCGGAGCGCUCACCUGCAGAUGUGAGACCCGGAGAAACUCGGGGCAUAGCUGCAGCACAUUCACGGAGCGCAAGGAGGGGCGUCACUAACUCUCUGAUUAAGAAAGGGGGGAAUUAAACAAUUUUUGGAGAAGAAUAACGAAUCGACCCUCUUUCUGGUUCCUCGCCCAGGCAGCCCUGACUCGCUGGUUCGCCACGAUGAGAACUGACUUCGGUCUGGUCCUGACAGCAGCCCUUUUCCUCGACACAUUCUGGAGGAGUAAUGGAGAGCAUGCUUCCAAAGGACCCUGCCAACCUGGCUUCUCACAAAGAUUCUACUCUGUGCUGAUUCCAAGGGAUGUACUGCAAGGCCAGGGCAUCCUUAAAGAUACUACAGUGUCAUCACAAAAAGUGAAGUUUGACGACUGCAUGGGGAAUAAAGCUGUGGUUUUCCAGAGCAGCAACAGCUCCAGUUCAAAGUGA